AUGCCGCUCUACGAGAUCUGUCACUCUUAUCCUCUGACUCGUUCCCAAAAAGAUACACUAGCUUCCUUCAUCACCAUCCUCCAUUCCCAGACCUUCACAACACCAACGCAAUUCGUCAAUAUUCAAUUCACCACUCCAGAGCCAGUAGGAGAUUACUAUGUUGGCGGGAAAUCUCAGCAACUAGUCUCACCAAAUCGUCUCAUUGCCACCGUGCGUGUUGGUCCAAGUAGAACGAAGUCCAUGUUCGAUGAUGUUGGCAUCAAGAUUCGACAAAAGUGGGAUGAAGUUGUUGAACGGCCAUAUGGGGAGCUGGAUAUGAAGAAUCCAGCUGUGGAGGAGCGGGAGAGGAAAAAUUUGCGUUUUAUUGUCUUCAAGCCCAUGACGGCUGCGAUUGAAAACGGGGUUGUUGUUCCUGGUGCUGGUGAAGAGGGCACUUGGUUAAAAGAUAACAUGGAUUUUUUUCGCGAACAGGUGAAGAUGUAUGAUGAUGAUGAGUUCAAGGAAUUGCUGGAAGAGGUACAGGCGCGUGAUGAUCUGUGUGUUCAGUAG